CGGCUGGGCCACUUCCGCUCACAUGACCGGAUGUUUGAGCCUUUACACAAUACGGAAGGGAGCUAAAAGUUGCGCUAUCCCUUAUUAUUCUUACAUUACCGUGGAUAGUGUUAAUAGGUUUAGUGUGUCCAGAACAGCGUCCUGGAGGAGACCGUAAGUCUCCCUAUAUAAUUAUACUUGGAUAACUUUUUUCGACAAAGCAAACCUCACGAUAUGAGUUUUGUCAACUGGAACAUUGUUGUCAGUUAGGAACGUGGGAAAUGUCCAAAAGUAAGCCCAGAAAGAAAAAGUGUUCGUCCUCAGGUGGCGAGGAAGAGAAGGUUGCAGGAGGCCAUUUCCUAACCAAAGAUAAUUUAAAGAGAAAAGAUUCUAGCGUCGUUCCUGAUAGCCAACAGCAGAAGGAGUAUCAUCUUCCAUCGAAUAAAGAUGAUUCCAAAAGCCACCGUCCCAUCAAAAAGGCUGUUUACAAACUGUCCAAUAAAAGCGUUUCAGAGCAGAUACCUGUGGAAAUUGAUGUUGGAUGCAAAAGAACCCAAAAGGUUGAAAUUCCCUCCAGGGAAAAAACGUCCUCAACACAGACUAAAGGGGACCCCUCUUGGAGCACCCCGAGGCGUCCAACAGAGGGUGCUGGACGCCUCCACCCACGGAGCAUCCACACUAAAGACACUCUCCGUCCAACAGCAGAGAGGACAGCCCAACAUGGACCACGUAUACCGACACCCCAGAAGGGCUCCAGCAGGUCCAUACAUCCUGCUGAACAGAAGCACAAGCCUCCGUCAACAAACCCGCCUCUGGUCCCAGAGAAAGCCUGCAAGAGAAAAGCAGACACUGCUACUGGGACGACGACAAAACCGAGCAGGAUCACCUCCUCCUCGGGGAAGGAGUCGACGGUGAGAGGAGGCUGGAAGCCCCUCAACAAGCCAUACAAUGACGAAAGAGGAGAGCCCCCGAGAGCCAGGUCCUCUGUCAGGGCUCCACCUCAUUUGACCACAGAGCAAUCGUCCACCUCCAAAACACAGGCUACCUCACAUCCAAGGCCCAAGCGGCCUACAUGGACCCUGGCCGGACCCCAUGUGGCCCUGGCCGGACCCCAUGUGGCCCCAGGGCCCCCCUGUGUUCAGGGAGCAGGGGGCCCUCUCACCCCAGAGCGUCCAGCGGUGAGGUUUAAGAUACCAAAGAAGACCACUUUGUGUUUAAAAGACGGUGUUAAUAAUACCACAGUUCAUAAUGAGGAGGGUCGCGUAUCGACACAAACCACGAGCACCAGGAGGGGUCCGGCGCUCGCUGGUCUGAAAGGCUCUAAUGGGUUGAACCCUGAAGGAUCUGGAUCCGUCCAAAGUGCCCACAGCACUGCGGUAGAUCCGUUCAUUUCACCUCAGAGGGGAAACGAUGGAAGUUCAGCCGAGUCAAACCAACCGAUCUGGCCCCGCGUUGAGGUGCCACCAUCAGACAAACUGAAUUCACACGACGAAGGAGCAAGCAUCACUACUGACGACAAUGAUUAUGAGAUGCCGGUGGUGGAGGCCCUGCACCAGGCCCGCACUGAGAGGAGGCUGGAGGUCGACGUGGUGCAGAGCUAUGGAGAACUCACCCGGAUGGACACGGACGCACACGACCAUGGAGAACCCCCACCGUUCAAAAAUGAGUUGAUAGUGGUUUUGGACACGAACAUCCUUCUCAGUCACCUGGAAUAUGUCAAGAAGAUCAUAUCCCAUGGCCUUGGAGCCAUGGGCUUCGCGGUGGUCCUCAUUCCCUGGGUGGUGCUUCAGGAGCUGGACUCCCUGAAGAACAACAAGGUGCCGAAGGGCUCUGUGGCCCACCUGGCCGUCCCGGCCGUCCACUUCAUCUACAGCUGCCUGAAGAGGCAGGAGCCUCGCCUCUGGGGCCAGUCCAUGCAGCAGGCCUCCGAGGGAAACCGUCGUCUGAAUGCCGAGAACAACGAUGACAGAAUCCUGCAGUGCUGCCUGCAGUACCAGAUUCUGCACCCAGAGGGCGCCCUCAUCUUGUGCACCAACGAUAAGAACCUGUGCAGCAAGGCCCUUCUGAGCGGGGUGCGGGCGCUCUGCAAGGCCGACCUGGAGCAGGAGAGCGGGAGGCUCCAGGACCACACCUCCGUGGGUGGAGGUCUCCUCGCGCCCCCGGAGCCCCCGCCGGCCCGCGGCAGCCUGGGCCGCUCCGCCCCCCGGGGGGCCGAGACACCGUCCGCCGGAGAAGCCCUGCCGCGGCCGGGCGGGGGGGCCGGAGGGGCCGGAGGGGGGGUCCCCGGGAGGAGCCUCAGCGUGUGCGUGGCCCAGCUGGAGGGCUGUCUGAAGGAGGUGCUGCCGCACAUCCUGGAGGUGGAGAUGAAGGCCGCCUUCGAGGACCUCUGGGAGGACAUUGUUUACGUGAAGCCGCCCUGGGACGUCCCGGACGCGCUGCGCUGCAUGAAGAAACACUGGAUGGCCGUGUUUGGGAACGUUGUCCCACGGAAUCUCCUCCAAACUCUGGUUCAUCUCUGUGACUUCUUCAGCCCAGGCCGGCCGGUGGACCAGGCCUCUGUGGGGGCCGCGCUGCGUGAGGCCGCUGAGCUGCUGGACGGGUUCGGGAAGGCGAGCUACGGGGGCCGGCUGCCCGCCGCCGCCGCCGCGCUGGAGGCCAUCCGGCGCCGGCUGGAGGCCGAGGACACGCCCCCUGAGCCUGAGCCUGUUCCAGCUGAACCAUUGGUCGAGGAUGCUAUGAUGUCAGAGGAGAAGCAGGCCCCGCCCCUCCAGGUCUCCCCCCAGGAGGUGUGGGCGGUGUUCGAGAACCUCUGGGCCAACCUGUGCCAGAUAAGCUCGGCCCUGUUCACAGCGCUGCACUUCGACCCCGGGACCCCACAGAGCCCCCUGGGGGCCCCCCCGCCCCAGGACGCCACGGCCUGUCUGCACAAACUGCUCCCCCUGGUGGCCCAGCUGCUCAGCGCAUUCAGCAGGGUGCUGUCCUCAGACAUGGGGAUGGAGGAGAGUCAGGCCCUCCUCAGCUUCAUCCACGCCAGCCAGAUCGUGAGCAUCACGGCGCACCUGGACACCCGGGACCUGGUCCAGUGUUUCUCUCAGCCAGAGUACAGGGAGAGGCUGAAGGUGGGCGGGGCUCAGCUGACGGAGCUCAAAGCCACUCUGGAGUGCUGCGUCGCUGCCGUCAAUCAAAGCCUCACCAACACUUCAUGGCCCUGAUUGGACCACAACCAGGAAGUCUAAGCCACAUGGAACAGGAAGUCUAAGCCACAUCGACCAGUCGGCAGCCUUGAAACAAAAACAUCCAUUUACUUGAAAUAUUUUACAUGAUUAUUUUUUGCCUAAAAAUAUUGUUAUUUUAAAAGAUUUCUUAAGCCAUCAGGUUUUGUUCUAUGGUCGUUUCUGUGACUGACUUUGGGUUUGUUGGUCCCCAUUAUGGACAGGUUAUCCAUGAUGGGUGGACAAAGUGCUCACUUUCAAAGGAACAAACACAUUUUUUUGCCAGAAAAGUUAAUGAGGCCAUGUUCAUUACGAUUACAAUGAGGGAUUCUCCUUGGAUGGCUAUCGGCCGUAGUUCAGCGCUGACUCAGACAGUCGGAGGAUAGGACCCGGCAGACUUAGGCCCGUCACCCGGCUCCAACGGGACAGCGGCCGCCAGCCAAUGGGAGGAGGGUUCCACCCGCGGAGCAUGUCGUUCCCGGUGAUCACGAGGCGAUUAGACCCCGGCGCUCCUCUGGGACAUCUAGAGCCGGUCCGUCUGUACGGCCGCUGACGUCAGACGGACAGCAGCUCAUUCAGUAUUCAAGGGCCUAUUCUGUAGCUGCUGGUUAGAAUCACUGCGACAGGGGAGAGGUGAGUUACAGGGUGAUUAUGGCCCAAUACAAAAGGUUAGCUGUUGUUUUGCCAAAUAUUCCUAAUUAAAGUUUUAUUUAAUUUUUAUAUACCAAGAUUUUUAAUUAAAACAUACAAUUCAUUAAUUCUAAGUGUGCCAGAUUAUUGUAAUUAAUGUUUUAUUCUGUUGGUUCCUCACCACCUUUUCCCCAAACCCGUCAGAAUCAGUGCAAUGUUCCCCUCUUAAAGUAGAAUGUGACUCGCAUAGAACGCACCACCUUUAGCAUUAAAUACUAAAGAGUUAGGGCAUUAUGGGCAGUUGCAGACUCUAUCCUGGUUUAGCCUGUGUCUUCGUGGCUCUGCUGAGAUUCACAGGUCGGAUAAGCAAGCACAUGGGAGGCUAAUUUGUGAAUGGCCUAAAGUCUACUAAUAGGUCUUUAACCCCGACUGACCAGCCCAGAUAAGCAGCGUGAAGUCGGGCACAUGCUGCCCACCUGACCGGCCCGAGUUGAUCAGGACUUCCGCCUCUCCCAUCCUGCUGCUGUCACUACUGCUCCACGUCUGAACUUAAGCUGUUCCGGAUAAAGGCAGGAGGAAUAUAAAGGUAGUGCCGUGGUUCCCUGGGAGCAGGCAGUGGUAACAAGGAGAGGCAGUGAUUAGUCAUCAGAGAACCAAAGGCGACUUAAGCCUCUCCCAACAUAUCCCUCUUGGAGUAUGGAUCAAGAUAUAAGCGCUUACCGUUUCACACUGUCUGAAAGGGCUUCCCCGGCCACAGUAUGAAACCCCAAAGCCAGAGCCUUCUAAAAAGGUCAAUACAAAGUAAAUGAACCAAAGAAACCAGAGAAGGAACACAGAUUGCACAUCGUAUGCAGUGAGGAAAGGGGCUUGAAACAUGAUUCUGGUUGACAUGGUUUAUUAGUUUAGAAAUGUUACAAAUGUGGUACGUAUUCUCAAUCUAUGUUUGCUGCCAAAAGGUAAUCUAUGCCAAUGCCUGACUUUUAAAAACACUCAAAAAAAAAAAGAUCUUCAGUAAACUUCAAUAAGUGAAUAAGUCAAAUCAUAGUAAAACAUUCUCUAAGCAGGAGCACAUAAGCAUGGUUGUGUGUGGCAUUAAAACAAAGUUACUAGAACUGGCACUGAUGUAUUUUAAUGACCAAGUCAUGUGCAUCCACUUAUUGUUUAAUCCGCAGUGUAUAAAAAAAAUAUAUAAAAAGGCCUUCGUUUAAGAUUUGUAAAGCAAUCCAGCUCCAAGUUUAAAUGACACAAAGCCAUGACAGGUACUUCUUCACUUAUACAUUUGAGUAAGGCUUAAACCACAGAUCUUUUAAACUAAGUGAGCUAAAAAAAACGACGAGGUUGACUAAAGGAAAUCGAGUUGAGAAACUCAAAGUUACCGUUACCAGUUAUGACUUAAAGAUACAAGUUCAACUAGAAUAACCAGUAACCUAAAUGUGUAUUAAAUGUUGGCAUUUGACAAAAGUGAGAAAGAAAACUAUAUGUAUAUACACACAGCACGGAAAAUAAUGAAUGCAAUAU